AUGGACACUUUACAAGACCUGGCCGCAGCAGCUGUGGCAAGCUGGGAGGUGGAAGAUGACACGGGCUGGAGGCCGUGUGAUGACGAGGUCUUGCAGAGCCUACGCGUGGCUGGAGCCGGGCGCAAGCGACGCGUUACUUGCAACGUACGAGGGCGUAGCUGCGAACUGGACCUGGACGCAAAGACCGAGACAGAUACAGCUACAGGCAAGCGAAGGCGUCUUCGCAUUGCGGGCGCUUCUGAAGCAGAAACUAGAGUUGCCCUUGCAGCCUGCGGGUCAACUUCCGGUACAGCCUCGGCAGCGGUUGCUGACGAGGGCACGAGGCCGCCGGAUCUGACAACCGACGCGGCUGGAGCAGAACAGGCAAGGGUGAAGAAGACUUUGUCUGGCUAUUUCACCAAGACCAGGGAGGGUAGGGAGCCGCCCUCGGAGGUGCGACCAGCGGCUCCCGCUACGGCCCCGAGGGCGCCGAUAGCCACGGCGACCACGGCGGCUUCAGCAGCUGCCCCAGUGGCAGCCUCUCCAGCGAGCCCCGCAGGAGGCACUGUGAAGAGCGAAGCUGGAGAUGGCGCUGACCUGGGCCUUGAUCCGAAGACAGGCAAUGAAAGGAUUGCCUCCAUCUUUGAGGAGAUGAGCGCCGUACAGAAGCUGCGCCGCGACCGAUUCCGCUCACAGGCCUACGCCAAAGCUGCGCUGGCCCUGCGAAGCCUCCUGGAGCCCAUUGCCAGCGGCGCCCAGGCCAAGGCCAUCAAGGGUAUCGGGGCCGGAAUGGCGCAUCGCAUCGAUGUGAUCCUUGAGACUGGCGAGCUGAAGGAGUUGGAGGAGUUGAAAAAGGAUAGUGACGUGGUGGCCCUGCGGGAGCUGCGCUCGGUGCACGGCAUCGGCGCGGUGCGCGCCGCGGAGCUGGUGGAGCGGGGCGUCCGCUCGCUGGCGCAGCUGCGCGAGGCGGUGGCCAAGCACCAGGUCCACCUGGACGCAGCCCAGGCGCUGGGCCUUCACCACUGUGAGGAGUUCAGACAGCGGAUUCCUCAGGCUGAAAUGAAGGAGCACCAUCGGUUGCUAGAGGUGCACCUAGACAAGGAGAACCCAUCCUUGCUCCUUACUAUAUGUGGCUCCUACCGACGAGGGCGCCCAGAUUGUGGCGACAUUGAUGUGCUCAUUUCCCAUCCGGAGUACACCACCACCAAGCGUGCAGCAAAUGCUGGUGGCAAGCUGCUUCAUGGUUUUGUUGACUCUCUGAAAAGGGCAGGCUACGUAACUGGUGACCUUGCCUUCGGCAACACCAAGUUCAUGGGAAUCUGCAGGCUGCCGGGCGCCGAACGGCUGCACCGGCGUUUGGACAUUCGCUGCGUGCCCUACGACCAGUACCACUUUGGCAUGCUGUACUUUACGGGCAGUGCAGCCCUUUCAGUGAAGAUGCGCUUGAAAGCAAUUGAGAUGGGCCUGACACUGAGCGAGUACGGCUUGGAGAACAAACUCACUGGUGAGAAGGUGUUGGCCAACUCGGAGGAGGAUAUUUUCCGAGCCCUUGGCAUGCCCUACCUGGCGCCCACUGAGCGGUGA